UUCUUUCUCUUUCUUCUCUCUCUCUCUUCUGAAAGUCAUUCGAAAGCUUCGUGCUUUUUCCACGGCACAACUUUGGCACCUUGAAUCACGUCCUUCUGAAAGAGCUAACAUCAUCUUCUUCUUCUUCUUCUUCUUCUUCAUCGAUCAGUUCUAGCUACUGCCCUCUCACUUCCGCCGCUUUGUCCUCUCCUUUACGCGAUCGAGCACCGUUUUCCGCCCCGAUUUUUGGCUGAUCGCGUGGGAUUUUGGCAAUGGCGGACUCGGGGAGCGACUCCGAAUUGGCCAGCAACCAGAAGAGCUCGCUCUUCAAUCGGUCUCUCACCAUGCAGCAGCCCAAGACUUUCGUCGAUCACCACCCCUCUCUCGGGCGGGCCAGUUCCAUCAGAAAGUUCUACAGUUCGAUCGAGUCUUUCAAAGGUAAGGUCCUGAAGCUCCGCAAUUUCUUCGAGUCUCCUAAAUCCCAGCCCGCCCCCGCCGCCGCCGACAAAUUGCAUUUGCAAGCGCAACCCCAAUUCCAAUCGCAGCUUCUUUCCAGGUUAAAGCCCACAAAAUCUCUUGGCUCGAGCUUUAGCAAUAACUCGUCGAUUCGGCUGCCGGGUACUGAGGAUAGGAUCGUACUGUACUUCACUAGCUUGCAUGGCAUUCGGAGGACUUAUGAGGACUGUUAUGCGGUGAGGACGAUAUUUAGAGGCUUUAGAGUGUGGGUCGAUGAGCGAGACGUUUCUAUGGAUUUGGCAUAUAAGAAGGAGUUGCAGUGUGUGUUGGGUGAGAAAAAAGUAAGCUUGCCGCAGGUGUUUAUUGGGGGCACGUAUGUAGGUGGAGCUGAUGCGAUCAGACAGAUGUAUGAAACCGGUGAAUUGGCAAAGAUACUUGAACGUUUUCCCAAGAAAGCGCCGGGCUUUGUGUGUGAGUGCUGUGGGGAUGAGAGGUUUGUGCCGUGCACAAACUGUGACGGAAGUAGGAAGGUGUUUGAUGAAGAUGAGGGGGUGCUCAAAAGGUGCUUAGAAUGUAAUGAGAAUGGGUUGGUGCGGUGUCCGGAAUGUGGUUCUUAAACUUGGGUCAAUACAUCUCGGUCAUUGUAAAUGCCAUGCGUCACUGGGGUGGUUAUUUCUUGACGUGAAUGAUAAAAAUCAGGAGGCUGGAGCUGGCAAUGAUGCGUCCCCUUAAUGUUUUCACGGUCGAAUUUUUCCUGAAUUUUCUGGACUCUUUUAGCAGGGAAGGAAUGGUACAUCAACUCUGUGAACUGGGUUAGUAAGUUAUUACAUGUAAAAUUUAAGCGACAAUUUGGCUGUUGUUUUUGUGCUUAUGCAGGAGAGAUUUACCCUCCUUGGAAUGUAAAUAAUAAUAUUACUUGAGAAGAUUUGUGGUUGUUUUCACAAAUCAUGAUAAGAGGAGAGGGGUGAUUGAUAUUC